AUGAGAUAUGUGGCAGGUAUCGAUCAAGUCGCAGCUAUCGUCACUCAGCGCAAGCCCAACGUCCUGUUUUCUGCGUCAAUGUGGACAGCGGAAGAGGCUCAGCGGAUCCAUUGGAUUGCAGAGUCUAUAGUGCCGGAUAUCAAAUUACACGCGAUCCCUACUGGUUUGCAGGUUGAGAGAGGGCCUGAUGCAAUUGUCGACUAUCUGGUCGAAAAGGUUCCCCCGUUGUUAGAUUCUUGA